GGUGCUGCAGCGCCUCCGCGUGGACGGCACGCUACAUGACACGCGGCCACUUCCUGUAAAGCUGAAGGGUGCGACAGGCGGAAGCUGGGUUCCUGCUAGAGCUAGUAGUAUUUCUAUUUCGCUGAGCAGUUGGACUGAUAUUUAUCACUCAACAUGCCGGCGUAUCACUCAACCCUGAUGGUCCCUGAAACCAGGCUGGUGGGGAACAUGGCUUUGCUUCCCCUCAAAACCCAGUUCAAGGGACCAGCCAGAGGAGAUGGCGUCGAGACAGACAUCAUUGACGAGGCUAUCUACUUCUUCAAGGCUAAUGUUUUCUUUAAGAACUACGAAAUCAAGAAUGAGGCGGACAGGACGCUGAUCUAUGUCACACUGUACAUUUCUGAGUGCCUAAAGAGGCUACAGAAGUGCAGCUCAAGGAGCCAGGGAGAGAAGGAGAUGUUCACUCUGGGCAUCACCAUGUUCCCCAUUCCUGGAGAACCUGGCUUCCCUCUCAACGCUAUGUAUGUUAAGCCUGCAAACAAGCAAGAGGACGAGACUAUGAGGGCGUACCUCCAGCAGAUCCGCCAGGAGACCGGCUUGAGGCUAUGUGAUCGCGUGUUUGACCCCCAGACAGACAAACCCAGCAAGUGGUGGGUGUGCUUUGUCAAAAGGCAGUUCAUGAACAAAAGUCUGUCUGCUCCCGGACAGUGAUCGACUCAGGACUCAAGUUUCUAUUCUACACCUGCAGGAUGGAUGGAUUUUUCCUUUGGUUUGGGUUGUUGGGUGGGUGUGUGGGAGGGGGGGGUAUGCUUCUGUGUUGCUAAGAUGAUUUUAUACUCUUUGAGUUUCAGGAUAAUGUCUUCACUUGUUUGGAUGUUGACCAUAUUGAGCUGGUGCUUAAUUCAAUAAAGCAAUCAUGGAGAUUGGAGAUAGGAAAAAA